AUGGCAAACCAGCAGUACCGGGAUCUGCUUCGGGCGCUGCACAAUGGAACACGUGUAUCCCCAGUUGCGUGCACCGAGACGUCACUCCAAGCCAUCCACGACCAGUUUCGCCUGAACACCCGAGCACUUGGCUACAGCACGUCUGAUGGCACGGUCAAGUCGUCGAACUUUCGCAAGCGCCGCGUCCACGAAGCCCAUGUGUUGCAUCGCAAGGCCUUCAUGCUCAUGAUUGUCACCGUCCAUGAUCCACAGGUCGCAUUCGAGAAGAAAGCGAUCGUAGCCCUGGCGGGGAAAUCCUUCCACUGUGUUCAGCCCCAGAGCGACCAUGUGAGCAUCGACUUCCAGGAAGUCACGCUGGAGACGGUUGUCGAGAACUUCUCGCCUCGCCAGCUCGGUUCCUGGCGCUUCUUCGCCUUGCACGAUGCGAACAGCCAGCUGAAGGUCGACAAAGUCAUCAAGAAGAACAUGCUGCGUCAGGACGAGGAGCUGCCAAACCACGCCCGGAUCUAUUUCCGGGACCUCUCGUCGGCUUGCAUGAUGGGUUGGUUGGCUUUGACUCCCGUGACUCCCGGCGCCCUGUCUGAGAGGAUCGAGGUGGAUGUGUAUGUGGCACAUGAGAAGCCAGCAGGGUUCGUGUACCAUGAUGUCGACAGUUCCCCCUUGACGGAGGUGUAUGUGGAUACCACGCAAGUUGUGCAAUUGUUCCCGACAGCGGUCGUUACAUCUGGCAUCGUUGUCGAGCCCAACGGCGGUGUGGUCUCGCUGACGGCAGCUUUGGAGCGGUUGAGUGGCGAGCUGGCGACGCAGGAUCUCCACGCUAUGACCGAGAAGGUUGAGUUCUACAAGCGUGAGCUUGCGGAUGCUGAGCGUGACUUGGUGUCGAAGCGCCGGGCUCUGGGCAGCGGCGUUGUCAACGCCCUGCCUGUUUCAGGCGCCACGGCGGCGGGGGACGAGAGCGACAGCAGUUCUGGUGCAGCCGAGUAG